AUGGAUCCCUUGGAACACUUUAGCACCGCUAUGGACGGAUUGUCCGAUAGCAGCUCACUAAGCCCAGAGCCUCACUCGUCUUCAAAACAGCCGGUACGAAGAGCGAGCAAGGCGUGUCUUGCAUGCAGAGCCAGAAAGGUCAGAUGUGAUGUGACUGUGCGAUCACCAUGCGGCAACUGCCAGUGGAAUGGCCAGCAGUGUGUUACACAUGCUCGUCGACCUAGGAGACGACGCAAGAGACAAACUCAAAGCACGACCUCGACUGAAAUUAAUACGACCAAGGAGGCUGUCAUGCAGGAUGGCGGAUGCAACUUGCUAGAAGAGUUUGCAAUUGAUACUUCAGAAGCGCCCAUGUCCAUGGAAGACUUGGAGCUUUUAAAAGCAGACAUCGAGUCCGACAAAUCCCCACAAGAUGAUUCACCAUUAGACGACGCUCAGAGCUUUGAUCUGCCACAGUAUGUCCGGCCAUUGACAAGUCUACCGCCGGACGAUAUGACCUUUCUGCACAGCGAGGGCGCCUUGGAUCUUCCAGACGGCGCACUUCAGAACGCCUUACUCCGCGCCUUCUUCGAAUACGUGCAUCCGUAUGUGCCGACUCUUGACCUGGAUGGCUUUCUACACGCCAUAGAAACACACGAUGGAUCGGCAGGGCAAGUCAGCUUGCUGCUGCUUCAGGCCGUGCUGGCUGCGGGAACUGCACACGUAGAGCUGGAUGCUCUCAGAAAUGCUGGCUUCCAGUCGCGGAAGCAGGCCCGUACGACGUUUAUGAAGAGAGUCAGGCUCUUGUACAAGUACAACUGCGAGCUGGAUCAAAUGGUCCUCACACAGUCUCUGCUACUCAUCACCUCAUGGCAAGACGCCUCCGACGAGCAUGGAAAGACCUGGUUCUGGAUCGACGCCGCCGUGUCUCACGCCUUUGCAGCAGGACUGCACCUCGAGCCAUCCGUGAACAAGCCCAACCUAUCAAAGCGCAAGCAGAGGCUGCGUCGACGCGUCUGGUGGUGCUGCUUCAUCCGCGACCGCCUCCUAUCACUCGGCAUGAAGCGGCUCCCGCGAAUCAAGGAUGGCGACUUUCAGGUCUCGAUGCUCGAAGAGGCCGAUUUCCAGCCGGAGCAGAUCCGCAGCGACGACGAUCACGCCAAAUUCGAGGCCGUGUGCGUCUACGUCAAGAGCCGCAAGAAGCGCGCUGAGCUGGCACGCAUGUGUGUCGCACAGGCGACUCUCUGCAAGUCGAUGAGCUUCCUGUCCAGCAGCAUGUACAUUGCGCCGCACGACAACUUUUCCAACUUUUCCGAGACACGCAAGAUCACGGCCGAGGGCGAACAGAAGUUCACCACGUAUAUGCGGGACCUGCUGGAGUGGAGAGAUGGCUUGCCAGAGAGUGUCUCAUACAGACCCAUCUCGAACAGCGACAUAGGCAAGGAUGGGAAUACGAGCAUAUCAUUGGAUCGUGCGGUCUUGCACAUGAUUUACUAUACGGCAGUGCUGUGCCUUUAUCGCUCUAGAUUCAUGGCACUGAUUAAUGACGCGAAUGCAUCCACCAUGGAAAAGGAGAUGUGCAAGAUACACAUGCAGCAUUCGGCCAAGAGGAUUGAAGAAAUCUCCAGAAACAUAUACGACCAUGGCCUCGACCGACUACUCCCCAGCAUGGCGGCGAAUAUAGCAGUAUCCGCCGCAAGUGUAUACAUGCUGGAGCAAAAGGGCCAGCUUCAAGGCUGCGCAACGGAACAGGGAUAUCGCCAGAGCAUGAGGCUAAUGCAGUCUAUGCAUGACACAUAUGCAGGGGCUGAUUUGGCGAGAGCCUCUCUGGAGUGGGAUAAGGAGGAGAAGGAGGAGCAAGAUGGAGCACAAGUAGAAGAGUCCAAUAAGGCAGAGGAGGAUUAUCUCGUGGCCGACCAAGAUUGGUUAAAGGACCUGGAGGCUGCGACAUGCUGGUAUGUGGCUGAGCCUUUCCGGGCGGAUAGCUUUUUGCAAUACUCGGGAGAGGGACUGGACGUGUUUAACGAGUUUUUUGCUUAUUAG